GCGAGUAUCGUGUAUAUUUUUCUUUCGUAUUCAUGUUAUUCUAACACGACCAUCAUACUCGUUUACAUGUCAUUUGACUAAUGUCAAGUGUACAUAACCGGAAUUAUAAUUAAAGGCAAACUUUGAUAACAAUUCAUUGUGAAUUGUAAAUUUUUAUAAAAUUAUAAGCAAUUGUUUCUAAAAAGUUAUGGAAUCAGUUAAAAAAUCUAUACCGUACUCGUUUAGUGGAGAUAAAGAACAGGAUGAGAAAUUACUUCAACCUUUUAUUUAUAUCCUUCAAGUUCCUGGUAAACAAAUAAGGGCUGCAUUAGCACAUGCUAUGAACUGUUGGUUGAAAAUUCCAGAUACUAAAAUGAAUGCGAUUGGUGAACUUGUACAGAUACUUCAUACUUCAAGCCUCUUAUUAGAUGACAUUCAGGAUAAUUCAGUUUUACGACGAGGCAUUCCAGUAGCUCAUUCAAUUUAUGGAAUUGCAAGUACAAUUAAUGCAGCGAAUUAUGGGAUAUUUAUUGCUCUCGAGCGUGUUAUAGCUUUGAAUCAUCCGGAGGCUUCAAAAAUUUUCACUGAGCAGCUAUUAGAGCUUCACAGGGGUCAAGGUCUUGAACUUUACUGGCGAGAUAACUACCUCUGUCCCACUGAAGAUGAUUACAGAGAUAUGACAUUAAGAAAGACAGGUGGCCUUUUUAAUUUAGUCAUAAGGCUCAUGCAGUUGUUCUCAGAUUGUAAGGAAGACUUUUCAGUGUUAUCUGGUAUUUUAGGAUUAUAUUUUCAAAUAAGAGAUGACUACUGUAAUUUAGUUAUGCAAGAGUAUUCGGAUAGUAAAAGUUUUUGUGAGGACUUAUCUGAAGGGAAAUUUAGUUUUCCAAUAAUCCAUGCAAUACAAACACAUCCUGAGGAUUGUCAAGUAAUAAAUAUUUUACGUAAAAGAACUACUGACGUAGAAGUAAAAAAAUAUUGUGUCAGUUUAUUGGAGAAGUUUGGAUCAUUUGUCUACACAAGGUCUGUUCUAGAAGAUCUAGAUAAGAAAGCAAGGAAAGAAGUCGAAAGACUGGGCGGAAAUCCAUUAUUUAUGAAAAUUUUAGAUAAACUCAGUUUUUGGCCAAAGAAUACAGAGUCAUUACUAGAUGUAAAAAGUGAUUUCUUAUCAACAGAUUGAAUUAUAGACAAUUCUAUGAAAUAAUAAAAUUUUAGGACUUAGGAACACGAUAUAGAAAAUUUUUUAUUUCUCAAGAAUUAGGAUUGCUGGAAAACCUGGAUGUAAUUUAAUGAAAUUACAGUGCCAAUUAUAUUCAAAAUGUCUGUGACAAUAUUCAAAUGGCAAUAAUACGCUUUUUGCUUGACUUAACUAAAUAACUGUGACUUGUGAAGUUAUAUAUUUAUUAUAAUUGAACAAAUUGUACAAUCGAAACACCAUCAGAUUUUAUUUAUAAUAUAAUUGUGUAUACACAGUACUUGAAUUAUCCUAAUAAUAGAAGAACUAUUUAAUAAUUUAACGUUAUUAAAAAUAAAUAGUACAAUUUAUUGUUUGAUCUAUAAAUUCAAUAAUUAGAGUCACUAAUUUUAUAAUUCUUUUAUUUUAUAAUAAUAUAAUUACAGUAUUUCUCCAGAAACUUAAUAAUUUAAUAGCUUAUUCAAUACAUUAUUCAUACCACAUAAUAUAU